AUGGCGAAAGGACUGCGCGCGAAAACGCUGCGCAGAUUUCGCACGGCUAAACGACAAAUUAUUGCCGAGGCCGUGGAAGCGCCUCGGUUGAGGGAGGCCAACAAGAAGGUUCGCCUUCUGCAGAGAGGCAUCGACGUGACCCCUAAGCCGAAGCCCAAUAAAUUCCUGGAGCCAGAUAAUCCGGAGGCGGUGAUCCCUAAGCGCGUUGUACAGCCGGCAAUCGACCUUCGCUCCGAAGCUGUGCCGCUCUCAGGUCUGGCUGGGAUGUACAACCGGCGGAAGUUCACUCCAGAAGAGGUAAAGGAGAGCCACUUCCUGUCGGUGGUGCAGAAGCACCUCCUGCCCGUCAAGGGUGAAAUCGCAAUGGACACGGACGAAGUGCCUCAAGAAGUUAGCAGCACGGCACGCCAGGGUAACUACAGGCGCGGCAAGGCGCACGCCCACGCCAUGAAGAAGCUAAAUGCGCUAAAAAGGAGCAAGCGCUAA